AACAGCAAAGAAAAAACAAAACGUAUUAUAUAUGGUUCAUUUUUAAAUAUGCAGAUAUGAUGCAAACCCUCUACUGUGUUUAUGUUUGAAGAGGCUUUUUUCCCCCCAGUCUGAGCUGAAAUAAAAACACACAUUCAUACAUUCAAGUUCAACAAAGAGAAAUGAAAAGGUCACAUUUUUUGUAUUCAAACAGUCUGGUUUUCUAAAUGAGGUAAAAAAAAACCCCAUCUGUUUGGCACUUCUCUGAGAGGAGAACUGGUUAACGAUCUAAUCAGCACAAAUCUGCUGCAGGAGUGUCUGUUUAGCACAAUCUGCUGCAGGCUACCUUGUAAAUCUGGAAGAAAAAAAAAACACAAGGUGCUGGAGGAAAAAAAACAACAUAUUCUAAAAAUAUUUAGCAGAGUGAGAAAUCAGAAGAACCAAGCCAAAAAAAAAAUUAGGCCAAUGAGAUGCGCCCCUAUGAGUUGAGGCAGAGCAUUAGAUGCCCUAAAAAGUAUGGGGAGACUAUUAAGGAGAGGAACUUCUUGUUGGCUCCGCCGUUCGAUCUGGAGCUUAUGUUCCAGGAGCGGGACCCCCAGAGACCCCUGGAUGAGAGGUACAUCAGGAACGCCGCGGUUCUUCCGGGUCUCUCUGAUCGUCCGCGAGGGCGGCAGCCGGCCGUCGGGACGGAGGAGAGGAGCCCCGGCGGUGAGCUGAUGAUCCACGGUUAUUCGGUGGAGGACUUCCAGCGGACGUAUCACUCUGUGGUGGAUCCCCUGCUCUACAGACCUUGUGGGAAGCUCAGGCCUUACAGCCAGGAGCUCGGCUUUACCAUCAAGGGACGCCUGCUGGAGGAGCUGGCCUAUCCGACGCUGGAAAUGUCCCAGAGUCCGGACGGAAAGGUGGAGGUGAAGGAGAGGUUCUGUGUGCUUCGUCCAACACCUUACAUAGACGUAGACUGUACCGGGGAUCCGUGGUAAAAGACUUUCUAUGACACAUGUUGGGUUUGCCGUCUGCCAAACUUCAUUUCUUAACAUGGACUUCUCUUGCUGAAUGUAGCAGACUAAUAUUUCAUUUUUUCAACCAACUCUGUACAAAUUGAAAUGUAGGGGGGUGAAAAAUUAUCUCUUGAGAAAUAGAAUAUGAAAUUGAGCAAAGAUUGCAACCCUUAUUAUGAACCUUUAUGAGGCCUAAUAGUCUGAAGGUCCUGAGUCUGAAGUCUUGUAUCGGUCUAAUCCUUUCUGAGCACAAAUUCCUGAAGUGAUGUUCACCGACGGAUAUAAAUAUAUAGAAACAGAUUAAAUGAUGUUAAAAACAAGAUCAGAGAUUAUCACUUAUGUUUAAAACUAAUAAAAAAUAAACUCAGCUGCCAACAUUUUCUGCUGUUCCAAGCCGUUCCAGUGAGUAAAUAAUAACAAUCCAUUGCUGGGUCCUUUUUAUUAUAGGUACAUUGAGAAAAUAAAACGUCCAAAAAGUUCCCUUUAUUUCAGCAAUUAAAUAAAAAAAAAACUUUAAGUUUGAAGCGUGUUUCUGUUUAUUUUGGGAAUUAUCAAUUGUUAAUCGUGAUUCUGUUGGCCAUAACAUAACAUUCCUGUAUUUAAAAAUCCUUUUUUUUAGCCUGUAGUCAUCUAGUUCUGUGAUAAACUGAAUAUUCAUUAGUUUUCAUUAGUUGUUAGCCAUGAUCUUAAAUCUUAAGAUUAAUUAACAGAAACACACAGAAAUGUAUAAUUCUGUGCUUAAUGUAUUCAUAUGAGCAUCCCUUUUUGAAUCGAACUACCAAAAUAAAAAGGAAGUAAUCGAUGAUAUUCUACUUUAUUAAGAGGCACCUGUAGAUAAUGUUUUACUUUAAUUGUGCAUAUAUGCCACAUGAUGGGUACGUGUAAAUAGCUGUAUGU